CGCUGCCCCCUCCACUCCAAUACAUGUUCCUCUUCUCCCAGGCUUUGAGCCCAGAAGUGGAGGAGAACUGCAGGGAAACCAGUCUCAGCAGCUUGGCCUGGGUGCCAAGGGGAACCUCAACCCAGACUCUAGGCCUCCUGAGGCUUUCGACACCACAAAGGCCAGAAGUAUUUAAACUGAACAGGGAGAGAAGGGGAGACCACAGGGUGAGAUCGCCAUCGGACACCCGUGUCCCCACACAGGUUUCUAGAAUGGGGGCCACCAGGACCAGGUUGCUGUGGUCAUGUCUCCUGCUGCUAUUGGCCCUGCUCCAUGAGUCUGGGAGUCAAGAUCUCACCUGCAUGGUGUCCCCAAGCAAUGUGGACUGGACCGAGACAUUCAAUGACACCUGCCUCAAUUUCAGCGGCCUUGGCCUGUCCCUGCCGAGGACCCAGCCCCUGCAGGCCAGCCACCUGCAAGUCCUGGACCUGUCUAGGAAUGGGUUGCAGGGACUCCCCGGGGUCUUCUUUGCCAACCUGGGGAAGCUGCAAACUCUGAUUGUCACCCACAACCCUCUGGCCAUUGUGGACCAGUCGCUGGCCCUGCGUUGUGACCUGGAGCUCAGGGCUGACUGCAGCUGUGGGCUGGCCUCUUGGCAUGACAUUCGCUGGAAUAACUGCUCUGGAGAGCAGGAGCUGCUGUGUCUCCACCCAGACACUGGAGCCCCAAGGAACCUCUCCACCUUCCUCCAGGCCAGCUGUCCCCUCCGCUUGGCCCCAGGCAUCAUCGGUGCCCUUGUGGCAGGGACCGUCUUCCUGGCUAUGGUUGUCAGUGGAUCUGUGCUGGCCUGGAGACUUCGGCGACACCAAGGAGCCAGUAUCCAGGGCCUCAGCAAAGACCAGAGUUCACACAAUGUCCCCAGACAGGUGACAGACUUCCAUCCAAGGCACAGCAGCCAGCCACUGGGCCCCAAGGCCUUGGACACAAAUUCAGACGGGUCCACGCUGGACUAUGAGAAUGUCUUCAUAGGUGAACUGGAUGAGGACUGCCCAUGGGCUGCACCCAGGUGA